UCGCAGCAGUAGUCCUCGAAAACUUGUUGAAGUUCAAAGGAUAAGGAGGAGCUGAGCCAGAAAAAAAAAAUUCGAAUGUUAGCUUGCAAGUCUCUUUUCAGAGUUGACCGUUUGUUGAAGUUCACAAAUACUUAUUUCAAACCGAAGCCGGUUAACUACUUUCAGGGAAAAUAUUCUUAUGAAAAAUUGAGCCUUGAUUUGAAGAUAGGUGGGGCAAAAGAUAACCUAGGCACGAUGGACAAAAAGAUAAGAAGGAAAGGUACCCCUGUAUGGAGAUCGGUAUGUACUCAAGCUAGUUCCCUUGAAGAGCCUGUGAUAAAGGAUGUCAAAGUCGAAUCAGAAAUUGGAAGUCAAAUGCAAGAAGUAAAUGAGUCAACAAUUGAAGUUAUUGAUGCAACUGUCAGUCCUAAGUCCCUGGAGGAUGAUAUCGAGGAUGAGUCAAUAAAAGAAAAGGCAGUGCUUUCAGCUGCAAAGCACUCACUUUCUGUUGAGGUUGGGGCCUCCGUGAUUCGAUUUGUAAGAGGAAAAGAGGGUUCUACAAAGGAAAAGAUUGAAAAGGAGACAGGAGUACAGAUUAUCCUUCCGUCAUCAAAGCAGGAGGAUGCUAUUAUCAUUGAAGGCACCUCUGCUGAUAGUGUAACCAAAGCUUCAAAAGUGAUACAACAUAUAAUUGAUGAGGCGGUUAAGACCCCAAGUCUUGAUUACUCUCACUUUGUGUCUCUUCCAUUAGCUAUACACCCUGAGCUGGUUGACAAGCUUGUCAACUUCCAGAAUUCCAUAUUAGGAAUCAAAGAUACUUGUGCGGUUGAGAAUCAAGAAGGCAACUCAGAUGGAGAUGCUUCUGAAAGUGAUGCUCAGGGUCAGCAGUUUGGUAAAGGGUCUGCUGUCGCAGUUGAACUUAAAGUUGCGGAUGGCAGGGAAAGCGUUAAGGUGGAUAUAAGUGGCAUUCCUCUUGUUAGCUAUGAACCUAAAGAACUUAAAGAAUCAAAGCCUUCUAGAUCAUCAGAUUUGAGAAUCGAAAAGUCCAUAUUUAUUAAACCUAAAACGUUUCACCUGACGGUGCUCAUGUUGAAGUUGUGGAACAAAGAACGAGUUAGUUUGGCGGCAGAGGUAUUGAAGAGUAUUGCCCCAAGAGUAAUGGAUGCCUUGGAUAAUCGACCUCUAUUUGUAAGACUUAAGGGUUUGGAUUGCAUGAAAGGUUCUUUGGACAGAGCCCGAGUCGUCUAUGCUCCUGUAGAAGAAAUUGGUAGUGAAAAUCGACUUUCUCGUGCCUGUCAAGUUAUUAUUGAUGCUUUUGUUGAGGCUGGGCUUGUUCUAGAAAAAGAUAUUGGACAUGAGUUAAAGUUGCAUGCCACUGUCAUGAACGCGAAGCAUCGGAAAAGGAGGGGAAAUCGGAUGGGGAGGUCGGAUUCGUUCAAUGCAUGCGGCAUUUUCAAGCAGUUCGGAUCGGAGGAGUGGGGUGAGUAUCUCAUCCGUGAGGCUCAUCUUUCACAAAGAUUUAAGUAUGAUGAGAAUGGUUAUUACCAUUGUUGCGCUUCAAUCCCUUUCCCUGAAAACAUGCAAAUCCACUGAUUCUUCUGUUCAAGAGAGUAUUAGAUCUUUGCUUUGGUGUUGAUUUCAUGUUCUGAAAAA